AUGUUCUGUUUUCCUCUCCCCACUCACUACUUUAGUAUUUCUUUUCCCUCCUUUUUUCUUCUCCCUCUACCUAUCUACCUCAUAUCCUGUUCUUUCUUUCUCAAUUUGGUUUCAGCCGUUUUUUUUUUUUUUAAUUUGAACUAUUCGCCUUUUAUUUCCUCUCUUUCCUCUUUAUAUUUAAUCUUUCUUUAUUUUUCCUUUUCUUUGCCUCCAAAACGUACAAAUCAUUCUCACUUCGGUUUAAUUAUCUCUCUUUUGUCUUCUCCCUCUCUUUGUGACAUACCCAUUUUCCCUUCAAUCACUUCUCAUUGCCUUUUUUUUUUAAAUCUCCUUUCUAUUCCUCACAUUAUUCUUUCUCCUCCCAUUGCCGUUUUUCUCUUGUUUCUUCUCCAAUAUUUCUUCCAUAUUUUUCGUAUACCUUCUUUAUUCUUUUCUUCCUCCAUUCCUUCACUCAUUAUCUUCAUCAAUCUUCUUUUCCGUUCAUGA